CGUGCCUACUUCUCUCAGCAAUUGCCUGAAGUAAAUAAGACAUUACAAAAUGAAGUUUUAUAUGUUUACAUAUCUCUUAAUAGUCGUGACGGCCGAAGAGUUUUUGGUAAUGCUAUACGAUAACUCGAAUGACUACGAAAUGCAGGAAUUUAUAGAAGAUCCAAAGUACACCAGAUUGCUGACCGAUUGCGACGACGAUAAAUUCAAUCAAAAUGUUAACAUACCAAGCACUUUGAAACUGAAAUCACAAAACACGAAUCCAUCAAAAUUAAGCUUUGGAAAUUACGCGGCUCAAGCCAGACCAGGUUACCAGAACUAUAUGCAGAAUACAAAAUCCUACAUGGACGGUUGGCUGCAGCAGUACGGCUAUAACAGGCCUUCCUAUGAUAAGACUCCACUUGGACAAUUACCACCUCCUCGUAAGAAGCGCCGGCAGUGGGUGAUACAUAACCCGAAUGGCUACCACCCAGUUAAUCGCCUAAAGGACAAUUACAAUAACAACUACGGCAACGUACAGAUAAAGGAUCGAUCGCCGUACUAUAAUAAGGGAUACAUAUACAAUAACAAUUACAACCAGUAUAAUAACAUCCAAAACAACAACAACAACAACAUCAACUACAGCAAAAACAGCCGCAACAAAAAUAACAACAAAAACAAAAGCAAACACAAAUACAAAAACAACCACCAGCACAACAACAACAAGCAAAACAACAAAAAGACGCCAGGCGCCAACAACAAGAGCGUCAACUGCAAUAACGGACGUUGCACCAUUUGUAUCAAUGAACAAUGUAAGGAAUGUAUUACCGGAAUGGGCAAGUGCGAAAUAUGUGUCGGUGGCUCUUGUAGCUCCGUCAGUCUAUAAUGGAGAAAACAAACGACAAAUUUCUUCCAGUAGGUGGUGUACCAUCUAGUGCUGCUUUUUUAACCAACUUCAAAAAAGGAGGAGGUUCUCAAUUCGUCUGUAUGUUUUUUUGUAUGUAUGUUAC